CCCAAAAGAGGGGGGGCCAAGGCAGCUGGGUGUGUAAACAAGUAAAACGAGAUGGACAAGGAAGCUCUGCAGCAAUCACAGGCCCUGUAACCCUUCCGCUUGCCACCUGAGCCUCGGGAGAGAGCCCAGAAGGGUGGAAUCAGGUGGGGCACUACACUGUCCCAGCCCCCCAGCACUUCCCAAGCCCUGGGUGGAAACCCCAAGUGCAGGAUAGCAUUGCAGAUGCCAGGCACAGCAAGGCAUGACCGAGAGAUGGCAAUCCAAGCAAAAAAAAAUUUGUCCAAAACCACCGACCCUCUAGAAAGACUUCGGCUGAAGUGUUUAGCAAGAGGAUCUGCAGGCAUCAAAGGACUUGGCAGAAUGUUUCGGAUUAUGGAUGACAACAACAGCAGGACCCUUGAUUUCAAAGAGUUUGUUAAAGGAUUAAAUGAUUAUGCUAUGAUGAUAGACAAGGAAGAAGCACAGGAGAUUUUCCAGAUAUUUGAUAAAGAUGGCAGUGGAACAAUUGAUUUUGAUGAAUUUCUUGUUACGCUGAGACCUCCCAUGUCGAACGCAAGGAAAGAAAUCAUCAUGCAGGCCUUUAAGAAGUUAGAUAAGUCUGGAGAUGGUGUCAUAACAAUUGAAGACUUAAGAGGGGUGUAUAAUGCAAAGCACCAUCCCAAAUACCAAAAUGGAGACUGGACAGAAGAUCAAGUUUUUAGGGCCUUUCUGGAUAAUUUUGAUUCACCCUAUGACAAAGAUGGGAAGGUCACAACAGAAGAAUUCAUGAAUUAUUAUGCCGGAGUCAGUGCUUCAAUUGACACAGAUGUCUACUUCAUCAUCAUGAUGAAGAAUGCUUGGAAACUCUGAUCAUGUGAUUAAAGGAGCAAGACUUCCA